UAAUCUAAUACGUACUUUGGAAUUAUUGGUGACAUAAUUUGACACAUGACAACAGUAUGUUUUGUCAAAGUCCAUAAAAUUUCGAAAUUUUCGGUGUAUUUCUAAUAAAUUCUUGCUAAAUGAGUCAAGACAAAGAAGCGCAAUGUUUAACAAAAACAAAUUUAUUAGCAUAUCAGAAACCUGAAGGAGAGAAAACGGAGCAGAGACCGUGUCAGAAAAGAAAACAGCCUGCAUAUUCAGCUACUAUAUCGAGAUGCCAACCGAAAGUAAUCAAAAUAUGUACCGGAGCUGAAAUGAAAAAAAUGUGUCCUCCUCCUUGUGACUGCACAAUUAAGCCUCGUUCUUCAGGAAGGUCAUCGGGAGCUCUGGGUAUCCUUUUUUUAGGAAUUAAAGCUGCUAUCGCCGCUACUUUGGUAUACGUAUCUUACGAUAUGGGAAUUUGGGGAACUACUGAUGACACUCAAGACUUGUAUCGGAAAUACUGCGCAGCAACUAGCCAACCAAAGAAAAGGAACGAUAAAUGGGAUCCGCCAUCUUGUGAAGCUCAAAAAGAAUUAUUUGCGGCAAGACCUUUUAAUCCUUAUGGACAUUGUGACGAAGCACCAAUCAAUCCAGAGCGAUCGUUCCAUACUUUCCAAAAUAAAUGGAAUAAAGGAGUUGAAUGUGUAUUUGGAUCAUUGGCUUGUUUUCCAAAUAACAUUAUCAAUUUGUUCUGCGGCGAUAACAAACAAAAAAAUCAACUUACACGCGAUAAACAAGAUACACAACCUCGGUGUAUUCCCUAUAACCAAUUACCGGAUGAACAGAAGGUUAUUAAUUCAUACAAAUGACAAGUUAAAUUUCUGUUCAGUUUGCAUAUUUUGUAAUUAAUCUGCUUUUGGAUCUUGGGAUAUAAAAAAACACGAAAAUGACCUAUCAGUAAUUUAAAUAGUGCGUAUGUACAAGAAAUCUUCGAUUUUUGUCAUUAAACCUCUUUGAUAUCAUCA